AGACCUCCAAGAAGCAAUGAGAAUGAGAGAUGGGAGCUGAAUAGAUUGCAGUCCGCGGGGACCAUCCAGCGUGGGAUGGUUGACACUGACUUUGAGCAGGGUUCUGAACCCGUGGUACAGUUAACUACUCAUCACUUGACUCCGGCGUUUUUAGAAGGUGAUGGACAUGUCUUCACGAAACAGAAGGACCCUAUCAGUGCGGUGAGGGACCCUCAAGGUGAGCUGGCCUUGGAGGCGAAGCGUGGCUCGCAUGUGGUGGCUCUGCAAAGGCAAGAGCGUGAGCGUAAAACCAAGGCGAAGGACGCUACAAGUUUAAGAGGAACAGCCAUCGGGAAGACCAUUGGGCUGGAUCAGCAGGAGAAACAGGAGCAGCGAGUUGAGCAAGAGGAAGUUGCGGCUGAGGAACAACAAAGCUUUGAAAGUAUACAGGAGCAAAGAAGGUCUCUUCCAGCGUACUCCUGUAGAGACAGUCUGUUGAAGCUCAUAAGAGACAACCAAGUUUGUAUCAUUAUAGGUGAGACAGGUUCUGGUAAGACGACUCAGCUAACGCAGUUCCUCUACGAGGAUGGGCUCUCCAAAUCCGGUGUGAUAGCGUGUACUCAACCACGUCGUGUUGCUGCGAUGAGUGUCGCCAAACGUGUUGCUCAAGAGAUGGAUGUGCGUUUAGGUGAUGAGGUUGGUUACUCCAUCAGAUUUGAAGACGUCACCAACGAAAAGACCAAGAUCAAGUACAUGACUGAAGGUAUCCUGCUGAGGGAAACGCUCGCAGACUCACAGCUGGGAGAAUACUCUUGUAUAAUCAUGGAUGAGGCUCAUGAACGUACUAUCAAUACUGAUGUUCUACUGGGCCUAUUCAAGAAUUUACUGGCAAAGAGGAAUGAUCUUAAGCUGAUCAUAACAUCAGCCACCAUGAACGCAGAUAGGUUUUCCCAGUUCUUUGGAGAUGCUCCACAAUUCACUAUCCCAGGCAGAACGUUCCCAGUGGAUAUCAUGCAUUCUAGGUACGCCGUCGAAGAUUACGUUGAACAAGCCGUGAAACAGGCAUUGACGAUACAUUUACAGUCUGGACCUGGUGAUAUACUGAUAUUCAUGACAGGUCAAGAAGAUAUCGACGUGACUUGUGAUUUACUGAAGACCAAGUUGAAGCUACUGGACGAUCCUCCACCUCUGGAUAUCCUUCCUAUGUAUUCAUCUUUACCUGUGGAGCAACAGGUUAAGAUAUUUAGAAAGGCCUUGCCAGGGCAUAGAAAAGUUGUCGUUGCAACAAACAUUGCAGAGACCUCCUUGACAGUUGAUGGUGUCUCAUUUGUGAUAGAUACUGGGUUUUGUAAGAUGAAGGUUUACAACGCAAAACUUGGAAUGGAGAGCUUGUUGAUCACGCCAGUUGCUCUUGCUAAUGCCAACCAAAGAUCAGGUAGAGCUGGUCGUACAAGCCAUGGCUCCUGCUAUAGGCUCUAUACUGAGAGAGCUGCACUUCAAGAAAUGUAUCCACAGCAAAUCCCAGAGAUUCAACGAACCAACUUGGCCAAUACGCUUUUAUUGCUCAAGACCUUGGGAAUUGAUGAUCUGAUCAAAUUCCCCUUCUUAGAUCCACCUCCAAGAGAAACCGUGAUGAGUUCGUUAUAUGAGCUAUGGUCAAUUGGUGCCUUAGACAACUUUGGCAAACUGACUCCACUUGGCUCCCAGAUGUCCAAGUUUCCCCUUGUACCGUCAUUAUCGAAGCUUCUACUCACAUCUGCGAAGAAGAGCUGUUCCAAGGAGAUGGUCACCAUAGUGUCCAUGCUCUCUGUUCCUUCCGUGUUUAUUCGUCCCAGAGAGCGACAGGAUGAGGCUGACAAGGCUCACGAACACUUCUCUGUGCCCGAAUCUGACCACUUGACCUUGCUGAACGUAUAUAACCAAUGGCAACAGAAGAAGUUCAGUGAUUGGUGGUGCAAGCAAAGGUUUCUGAAUCCCAAGUCUCUGAGAAAGGCCAAAGAGAUCAAGGAACAGCUGGAGGGGAUCAUGGAGAAGAACAAUCUGCCUGUUGUUUCUAAUGGAUAUGACUGGGACGUUGUUAGAGAGUGUAUAGCCUCUGGCUACUUUUACCAGGCUGCAAAGAGAGAAGGGUUGCAGAACUUUGUGAAUUUGAGAACAGGAAUGAAGUUGGUGCUACACCCAACGUCUGCUCUUUAUGGAGCCAAUGACCUCCCGGAUUAUGUGGUCUAUCACGAGUUGAUGUUGACCUCUAGGGAGUACAUCUCGGUGGUUACAGCUGUUGAUCCUCUGUGGCUUGCAGAGUAUGGCUCAGUGUUCUAUUCCAUCAGGCAGAAGAAGGGUGAAGAGACUACCCGUAAGAGGGUUAUCGAGGAGAUACUAGAACGUGAUAAGAGGAAAUGGGAAGCUGAUAAAGAGUUGGAACUCCAGAAGAGCACCAAGAAGAAGAAAUCUUCUGUUGUUUCCGUCGGUGUCGCCAAGGGAAGAAGA